AUGAAUUCAGAGGAAAAUGAGCUGGAAUUGGAGGAUUUCUCGGAUUCCGAUUUGCUGCUCGAAUCGAUGAUUGAAAUUGAGGAGAAUCAGGCGAAAUCGGGAGGAUUUGUGAGUUUUUUGGGGCGGGAAAUUGAGAAAAUUUGGAUUUUUCAGGCUGAAAAUAGCGUUUUUCACCUAAAAUUCGAAAAAUAAUCUGAAAAUUAUGAAAUUUUGGAUUUUUUAAGGCUAGAACCAUGUUUUCAAGCUGAAAAUCGAAAUUUUUGGUAGAAAUUUAGAAAAUUUGAAUUUUCAGCUCAAAAAUACUGAAUUUUUAAGCCUGGAAUCAAAUUUCUGGCUGAAAAUCGGAUUUUUCACCCAAAAUUCGAAAAAUAAUCUGAAAAUUUGAAUUUUCAGCCCAGAACUGUAUGUUUUCAGGCUGAAAAUCGGAUUUUUCUUUCAAAAUUCGAAAAAUAAUCUGAAAAUUUUGAAAAUUUAGAUUUUUCAGCCUAGAACCAUGUUUUCAGGCUGAAAAUUGGAAUUUUUGAUAGAAAUUCAAAAAAUUUGAAUUUACAGCUCAAAAAUCAGAAUUUUUUAUUUAAAAAUUAAAAAAUACCGAAUUUUUAAGCCUGGAAUCAAAUUUCUGGCUGAAAAUCCCAUUUUUUCAUUAAAAAUUUCGAAAUUUUGUAUUUUUUAAGGCUAGAAUCAUGUUUUCAGGCUGAAAAUGGGAUUUUUCACCCAAAAUUCGAAAAAUAAUCUGAAAAUUAUGAAAUUUUGGAUUUUUCCGCCUAGAACCAUGUUUUCAGGCUGAAAAUCGAAAAAUUUUAUAGAAAUUCAGAAAAUUUGAAUUUUCAGCUCAAAAAUCAGAAUUUUUAUUAAAAAAUUCAAAAAAUACCGAAUUUUUAGGCCUGGAAUCAAAUUUCUGGCUGAAAAUCGGAUUUUUCAUCCAAAAUUCGAAAAAUAAUCUGAAAAUUUGGAUUUUUUAAAGCCUAGAACCAUGUUUUCAGGCUGAAAAUCGGAUUUUCACCCAAAAUUCGAAAAAUAAUCUGAAAAUUUGGAUUUUUCAGCCGAGAACUGUAUGUUUUCAGGCUGAAAAUCGAAAUUUUUGAUAGAAAUUCAGAAAAUUUGAAUUUUCAGCUCAAAAAUACUGAAUUUUUAAGCCUGGAAUCAAAUUUCUGGCUGAAAAUCCCAUGUUUUCAUUAAAAAUUUCGAAAUUUUUGAAUUUGGUGUCAAAAUUUUGCCACGUGGCAAUUUUCAUCCCAAAUUCAAAUUCCAGGAUUCGGAUCCUUUUGAUCGAACCGACGAAUAUGAUACAAAUCUGGAUUUAAAUGCUCCAAUUGCACCAACUCCUGACAUUUUACAAUUUUUGGACGAAAAACAACAGCCGGGAGAAAUUGAUGUACAAAAAUUGAGAGAAAAUGUGGGUUUUCAGCCUCGUUUUUUUAUUUUUAGCUGAAAUUCCUGAGUUUUCAGACUGAUUUAUACGCUGCUAUUCUCGAAAUUUUUCCGGUGAAAAUGUUUGCGAAUUGGAAGGAUUUGAUCAAAGCGAAAAAUCCACAUUUUAUGCCGAAAAUUGAGGAAUAUCUGGAAGUGAGUUUGAUUUUUGGAUUAAGCUCAAAAUUUCCUAUCGAUUGAUAUACAAAACCUAUAUUUUAAUUGAAAAAAUAUUAAAGACACGUAGAAAACUAGAAAUCGUUCAAAAAUCAUUAUUUGCAUGUUUUUUAUCAUCCUUCAAAUAGUGGAAGUACAUAAACGAAAUUGAAAAAUAUUGAGUUUAGCCAAAGUCAAAAAAAGAAAUUGCCUUUUUUGAAAUCGCUCAGCCGACGCAAAAUUCGGUGUUUGCACAAAUGUUCGUGAUUUGCCGCACAUGUGUGCAUUCUUAGCAUACCGUACCACCAUUUUUUAUUCGUUUUUUUCUUUUUUCAAACGAACAACACACAACUUUGAAAAAAGGCGUGCGUUCAAAUUUUGAAGAUUACGAACACACAUUUCUAGUUUUCUACGUGUCUUUAAGGUCCCUAAGGGCCUUAGGGUUUAAAAAAUUAGGAAUUAUUUUUGGCGGAUUCAAAUUCACCGUAAAAUUUCCAACAUUUUGACAUACAACACGCCCUAUAUUCCAGAUUUACCCUAAAAAUGACCUUAGGGACCUUAAGGUGAAAAUGCCCUAAACCAUAUCAAUAUGGGUGUCUAAAAGCUCGGAAUUCCACGCUGAAUUCGAAUUUUCCAGUCAAAAUCUAUCAGCGAACCUUCAACUUCUCAAAACUCCCUGGAAUCCCCCGAAUUCCUGGAACUCGACCUAUUUGCCGCUGAAAUGCGACCCGGAAUUUACCAGCCAAUUUUUUCCAAUGAAAAUUUCGAUGAUUUUUCGAAAAUUCCAGAAGAUUUAGAUGUUUCAGCCAGAAUUUUUGGAGUAUUGAUUGAAACGCGAAUAUUUAUGAGGGAUUUGGAAGAGGCUAGGAGGAUUUUAACGAUUUUUGAGGAAAAAAUGAAGGGGAAAGGUGAAUUUUUCCACAAUUUUGAGCUGAAAAUAUUUUUAAAUUUUUCCAGGAAUUUCACGGGAUCAAAUGCAAAAAUCACUUCUGCCAAUUGAGCAAUUUUGGAAUUUAAAUUAA